GGACACAAGUCUCCUUCAUCUGACUUUUCUUUCUCUCUGGGGCUGCUGAGGAAGAGAGAGAAAGAGGGAGGGGGGAUCAGGCUGAACUCUAAAGCUUUCGCUCCCUUAUCCCCCAAUCUGGAUUUAGCCCAGUGGGAUUGUACAAAACCCGGAUCUACUGAAAAUCCCCCGAGGAUCCCCAGACACACUGGGGUUCUCAUGAAAGUUUGGGAGCUACAACAUAGACUCUGACAACUGGAAGCUUCUCAAGAGCUGAGGAUCUGAAGAUGGAUUACAGCAUGCUAGGAGGGGUGCCACGGUUCUUAACUAGGCCUAAGGCCUUUAUGAUGUCUGUGGGGAAAGACGCUACUCUGAGCUGCCAAAUUGUUGGAAACCCCAACCCUAUGGUCACAUGGGAGAAAGAAAAACAUCCAAUUAUAUCAGGAGGGCGGUUCAAGAUGGUCCAAGAUGACAACCUGUAUCGACUGACCAUUUAUGACUUAAGUUUUGAAGACAGUGGCCAAUACAUUUGUAGGGCCAUCAACAACAUUGGUGAAGCGUUUGCUGCGGUCACAAUAAAGGUAGGGGACGAGAAGGAGGGCACUGUCGCAGAAUGUGCCCCAUAUUUCAUUUUGAAACCAACAAGUACAAGGGUGAAUCUGGGAGAAGAUGCCACCUUUCAAUGUAGGGUCCAGGGUUUUCCAACCCCAUCUAUGAGCUGGGAAAAGGAGGGAAAACAACUUGGCAAAGCUUAUGAGUCAAACAGAAUUCAGAUUGAUGUGGAUGGAGAGUCCAGUGCCCUAAAAAUUCAUUGUAUUCGAUUUUCAGAUAGUGGGACAUAUAUAUGUCGAGCAGAAAAUGCUAAAGGACAGGCCACAGCUUCUGCUUCUCUGUUAAUUGACUCUUUUAGUAACUUUAAUGCACAUGGUACAAGUGGUCCAGAGCAAUCAUAUGGCAAACCAGUCUCACUAUUAUCUCACCUCCAGAAACGACGUGAGGAAAUGAGGAAAACAGACGUUUCCAUCCAUGGUAGUUAUGAAACAAAUGUUGCAUCCUAUGGAGCAAUAGAUUCACUGGCAGGCAUAGGCAUGAGCUUAUCUCUUGACUAUGAUAGAGCUGCUUCUCUUGCCACAAAGGGAACUCGUGAUGGUACAUUUAGCGUGCUCACACGCACGUGCACGGUGACUGAGGGUAAACAUGCCAAAAUGAGCUGCUAUGUUACAGGAGAACCUAAGCCUGAAAUCGUGUGGAAGAAGGAUGGUGAAGUGAUCACAGAGGGAAGGAGACAUGUCAUUUAUGAGGACGAACAAGAGAACUUUGUACUGAAAAUACUGUUCUGCAAACAAAUUGAUAAUGGCCUGUACACCUGCACAGCUUCCAAUCUUGCGGGUCAGACGUACAGUUCUGUGCUUGUCAUAGUUAAAGAACCUAGAAUACCUUUCAAAUCCAAGUUAAGGGAUCUUGAGGUCAGAGAAAAGGAGUCGGCCACCUUCCAGUGUGAGGUGCCAGUUUCUCACACUGAAUCUACCUGGUUCAAGGAGGAGACAAUGAUAAAGCAGAGCAAUAAGUACAGUAUUGAAGAGGAGGGAACCAUCAGAAGACUCACCAUUCAAAAUGUGACAGCCGAUGAUGACGCUGUUUAUAUCUGUGAAAUGAAAGAAGGCAGCAGAACUAUUGCUGAGUUAUCUGUGCAAGGCAAUCUAAUUAAAAAACUCCCAAGACGGACAACAGUAACAAUCACUGACACAGCAAUUUUCUGUGUUGAACUUGACAAUGAUGUCGAUAACAUCAGAUGGAUGAAGAACGGAGAAAUAGUAAAGCCUGAUGGACGUAUCAUGAUUACUUCAUCUGGCAAACAGCACACCAUGAUUAUCCGAGAUUGCCAGAGCAGUGAUGCCGGAGAGAUUGCAUUUAUAGCUGGUGAAUGUAGGACGUCCACUAAAUUCACUGUCACUAGUUUAAGGAAACCCCCUACAAAUGCCCCUAUUAAUCCUUUGGCGAAAGAUAAAAGUGAUACAUCAGUUACAUUAGUCUGGUCCCCUCCCCCGAUGGAUCGGCCAGUACCUAUUGAUGGGUACAUCAUAGAAUACAAAAAGCUUGGAGCCACAAGCUGGUUGAGGUGCCACGAAUCUGCCAAUGUCCCUGUCCCCGAAUUCACUGUUCGCAAUGUUGUAGAUGAAGGAAACUUCCAGUUCAGGGUCAGCGCAGUGAAUAGUUAUGGGCAGAGUCCUUACUUGGAGUUCCCUGGAACACUGUACCUUGAACCUAUACCAACUAUUAAAGCUCCGUUGAGGCCAGCUGAAGUUACGGUAGGUGGAGAAGCAUCAUUCUUCAUAGACCUGAGCACAGUUUCUUCUGGCAUUUGGUUGCUAAAUGGCAAAACUAUCCAGAAUAAUGAGCAGUACGUAAUAAAGAGAGUGAAGAACACUCACACAUUGAUCAUCAAAAACGUCUCUCAUGCUGAAGAUGAAGCGGAAGUGAAAUUCAUUGCUAAUGGGAUUGAGAACUCUACCAAGCUGAGAGUGAAAGCCCUGCCUCAUUUUACAAACACAAAAAAGACUACGGAUGUGAAGGUGAUCUCAGGGGAACAAGCACAGUUUGUCUCCGAGACCUCAGAGGAGAAUGUCAAAGUCUCGUGGUACAAAGAUGGCAAAGAGAUCAGGCAGUCCAAAAAGUUCAUUCUAGAAGUGAAGGCAAAGCAACAUUUACUUGUCAUUUCCACUGCCAAGAAAGAAGAUGAGGGAACCUACACAUGCAAAGUUGGAGAUGACUCUGUUUCCUUCACCUUAAAGAUUACUGAACCAGAACCUGCAUUUACCAACUUAGACAAGGUGCAGAAGGAGGUACAGGUUGUCCUAUCAGAGAGCGCUACCCUGAGCUGUGAGGUCUCUCAGGCCAAGACCGAGCUGAAAUGGUACAAGGAUGGGAAGCUGAUCACUGCCAGCAAGAAGUUUAGGGUGGAAUCUGAGGGCAAAUCCCGCCGUCUGAUUGUUGAAAAGGUUGAGAAGAAAGAUGCUGGAGAGUACAGCUGUGAGGCAGCCGGGCAGAAGAUCAACUUCAAGGUCAAAGUCACAGAGCCUGAACCUGCAUUCACCAACCUGGACAAGGUGCUGAAGGAGGUGCAGGCUGUUCUUACAGAGAACGCCACACUGAGCUGCGAGGUGUCUCAAGAUAAGACUGAGGUGAAGUGGUACAAGGGUGGGAAGCUGAUCACUGCUAGCAAAAAGUUUAGGGUGGAGUCUGAGGGCAAAUCCCGUCGGCUGAUUGUGGGACAAGUGGAGAAGAAAGAUGCUGGAGAGUACAUCUGUGAGGCAGCCGGACAGAAGAUCAACUUCAUGAUCAAAGUUAGAGAGCCUGAACCUGCAUUUACCAACCUGGAGAAAGUGCAGAAGGAGGUGCAGGUCGUCCUAUCAGAAAGCGCUACCCUGAGCUGUGAGUUGUCCCAGGCUAAGACUGAGGUGAAAUGGUACAAGGACGGGAAACAGAUCACUGCCAGUAAGAAGCUUAGGGUGGAGUCUGAGGGCAAAUCCCGCCGCUUGAUUGUGGACCAGGUGGAGAAGAAAGAUGCUGGAGAGUACAGUUGUGACGCAGCCGGGCAGAAGAUCAACUUCAGGGUUAACGUCACAGAACCUGAACCUUCAUUUACUAACCUGGACAAGGUGCAGAAGGAGGUGCAGGUCGUCCUAUCAGAAAGCACCACCCUGAGCUGUGAGGUGUCCCAGGCAAAAACAGAGGUGAAAUGGUACAAGGACGGGAAACAGAUCACCGCCAGCAAGAAGUUUAGGGUGGAGUCUGAGGGCAAAUCCCGUCGGCUGAUUGUGGACCAGGUGGAGAAGAAAGAUGCUGGAGAGUACAGUUGUGACGCAGCCGGGCAGAAGAUCAACUUCAAGAUCAAAGUCACAGAACCUGAACCUUCAUUUACUAACCUGGACAAGGUGCAGAAGGAGGUGCAGGUCGUCAUUUCAGAGAGCGCCACCCUGAGCUGUGAGGUGUCCCAGGCAAAAACAGAGGUGAAAUGGUUCAAGGACGGGAAGCUGAUCACCGCCAGCAAGAAGUUUAGGGUGGAGUCUGAGGGCAAAUCCCGUCGGCUGAUUGUGGACCAGGUGGAGAUGAAAGAUGCUGGAGAAUACAGCUGUGAGGCAGCCGGGCAGAAGAUCAACUUCAAGAUCAAAGUCACAGAACGGGAACCUGCAUUUACCAACUUGGACAAGGUGCAGAAGGAGGUGCUGGUCGUCCUAUCAGAGAGCGCCACCCUGAGUUGUGAGGUGUCUGAGGCUAAGACUGAGGUGAAAUGGUACAAGGAUAAGAAACAGAUCACCGCCAGCAAGAAGCUAAGGGUGGAGUCUGACGGCAAAUCCAGGAAGCUGAUUGUAGAUCAGGUGGAGAAGAAAGAUGCCGGCGAGUACAGCUGUGAGGUAGCUGGAGAGAAAAUCAACUUCAACAUCAAAGUCACAGAGCCGGAACCUUCAUUUACCAACCUGGACAAGGUGCAGAAGGAGGUGCAGGUCGUCCUAUCAGAGAGCGCCAGCCUGAGCUGUGAGACGUCCCAGGCGAAAAGCGAGGUGAAGUGGUACAAAGAUGGGAAACAGAUCACCGCCAGCAAGAAGAUUAGGGUGGAGUCUGAGGGCAAAUCCAGGCGCCUGAUUGUGGACCAGGUGGAGAAGAAAGAUGCCGGAGAGUACAGCUGUGAGGCUGCCGGGCAGAAGAUCAACUUCAAAAUCAAAGUCACAGAACCGGAGCCUGCAUUCACCAACUUGGACAAGGUGAAGAAGGAGGUGCAGGUCGUCCUAUCAGAGAGCGCCACCCUGAGCUGUGAGAUGUCCCAGGCUAAGACUGAGGUGAAAUGGUACAAGGACGGGAAACAGAUCACCGCCAGCAAGAAGUUUAGGGUGGAGUCAGAGGGCAAAUCUCGUCGGCUGAUUGUGGACCAGGUGGAGAAGAAAGAUGCUGGAGAGUACAUCUGUGAGGCUGCCGGGCAGAAGAUCAGCUUCAAAAUCAAUGUAAAGGAACCGGAGCCUGCGUUCACCAACCUGGACAAGGUGCAGAAGGAAGUGCAGGUCGUCCUAUCAGAAAGCACCACCCUGAGCUGUGAGAUGUCCCAGGCUAAGACUGAGGUGAAGUGGUACAAAGAUGGGAAGCAGAUCACCGCCAGCAAGAAGUUUAGGGUGGAGUCUGAGGGCAAAUCCCGCCGCUUGAUUGUGGACCAGGUGGAGAAGAAAGAUGCUGGAGAGUACAGCUGUGAGGCUGCCGGGCAGAAGAUCAACUUCAAGAUAAAUGUAAAGGAACCGGAGCCUGCGUUCACCAACUUGGACAAGGUGCAGAAGGAGGUGCUGGUCGUCCUAUCAGAGAGCGCCACCCUGAGCUGUGAGGUGUCCCAGGCUAAGACUGAGGUGAAAUGGUACAAGGACGGGAAACAGAUCACCGCCAGCAAGAAGUUUAGGGUGGAGUCAGAGGGCAAAUCUCGUCGGCUGAUUGUGGACCAGGUGGAGAAGAAAGAUGCUGGAGAGUACAGCUGUGACGCAGCCGGGCAGAAGAUCAACUUCAAGAUCAAUGUAAAGGAGCCAGAACCUGCAUUCACCAACCAAGAAAAGGUGCAAAAAGAGGUAAAGGUCGUCCUAUCAGAGAGCGCCACCCUGAACUGUGAGGUGUCCCAGACUAAGACAGAGGUCAAGUGGUUCAAGGACGGGAAACUGAUCACAGCUAGCAAAAAAGUGAGUGUGGAGUCUGAGGGCAAAACUCGGAAGCUGAUUGUGAACCAGGUGGAGAAGAAAGAUGCUGGAGAGUACAGCUGUGAGGCAGCCGGGCAGAAGAUCAACUUCAAAAUUGAUGUAAAAGAGCCAGAACCUGCAUUCACCAACCAAGAAAAGGUGCAAAAAGAGGUGAAGGUCGUCCUAUCAGAGAGCACCACCCUGAGCUGUGAGGUGUCCCAGACUAAGACAGAGGUCAAGUGGUACAAGGACGGGAAACUGAUCACAGCUAGCAAAAAAGUGAGUGUGGAGUCUGAGGGCAAAACUCGUAAACUGAUUGUGAACCAGGUGGAGAAGAAAGAUGCUGGAGAGUACAGCUGUGAGGCAGCCGGGCAGAAGAUCAACUUCAAAAUUGAUGUAAAAGAACCUGAGCCUGUAUUUACUAACCUGGACAAGGUGCAAAAGGAGGUUCAGGCCAUCAUUUCAGAAAGCGCCUCCCUGAGCUGUGAGGUGUCUCAGGCUAAGACUGAGGUGAAAUGGUACAAGGACGGGAAGCUGAUUAGCGCCAGCAAGAAGAUUAGGGUGGAGUCGGAGGGUAAAUCCAGACGCCUGAUUGUAGAUCAGGUGGAGAAGAACGAUGCCGGAGAGUACAGCUGCGAGGUAGCCGGGCAGAAGAUCAACUUCAAGGUCAAAUCUGUUGAACCAGAGGCUAAAUUCCUACCAAAGUCCUCACUGAAAGAGCCAGUAGUAGUGCAAGAAUAUGAGAACAUAACACUUACAACCUCAGUCCAUCCAGAAAAUGCUCUGGUUAAAUGGUUUAAAGAUGGCAGUGAACUUAUCACCACCAAAAAGUACCAAAUAUCUUCUGAAGGGGCUUCCAGGACACUUGUGGUCACAGAGGCAGAAGCCAAGGACAGUGCUGUCUACACCUGCAAGACUAGCAGUGACAAGCAAGACUUUAAAGUACAGGUGAAAGCAAUCCCUCAGAAGUUCAUGCAGAAGCUGGAGCCAGUAACUGGGGAAAUCGGCGGGAGCAUCACACUUACCUGUGAGCUGGGUCACUCAAGGGGAGAUGUCCUCUGGCGUAGGAAUGGAACCGAACUGAAGCCCAGCAAGCGCUUCCACAUCAAAGCUGAAGGAACAAAACGCAUCCUGACGAUUACUGGGCUUAAGGCAGAAGAUGAAGGGGAAUAUUCCUGUGAGUCCAGAGAUGACAAAACCAUCGGUCAGAUUACUACCAAAGCCCCACGAGUAGUAAAGUUUACUGGAGAACUCAACAACAUUGUUGUAGAAGAAGGAGGAGAAGCCACAUUUAAAUGCACAAUUUCUUUGGAUGAUGCCCAUGUGACUUGGUAUCAAAAUGGGGCUAAGAUUGAAAAUAGCAAGAAAUAUAGGAUCAGUAAGAAAGGAUUAACCCACAGUUUAGCAAUCAGUGACCUCACCUUGCUGGAUGCUGCUGAGAUUAUGGCAGAGUCAGAGGGAGUGCAGACCAAGGCAACACUCAAGGUCAAAGAGGCACCAGUACUAUUUAAGAAGAAGCUAGAACCUGUAACCGUGGAGGAACGUCAGGACGUCCAUCUUGAAGCAGAACUGUCUAAGCCUUCCAAAGAGGUCAAGUGGAUGAAAAAUGGUAUUGUCCUGCAACCCUCACAGAACCUGGAGAUUAAAUCAGAAGGAACCAAACACGGUCUUAUAGUGAAAAAUGCCACUUUUGCUGACCGUGGAUUGUAUGGCUGUGAGACUCUGGAUGACAAGACUCAGGCAAAGCUUACUGUAGAAAUGCGACAGGUGAAGCUUGUGAAGGGACUGAGAGAGGUUGAAAUCCAUGAGAAAGACGCCGCCUCGUUUGAGCUUGAGCUGUCUCAUGAGGAUGUAGAGGGGUCAUGGACUAAAGAUGGUGUGAAAUUUAAGCAAUCAGACACCUGUAAAAUUUCUGUUAAGGGCAAGAAACAUGGACUUACACUCACCUCUCUGAAACUAGAAGACGCAGGGCUAGUGUCUUUCAAAUCAGAAGGGAUACAAACUUCAGCUAAGCUUAUUGUGAAAGAACCACCAGUAAAAUUCACUCAUCCACUGGUCGACCUCAAAGUUCCAGAGAAGGAGAAAGUCACAUUUGAGUGUGAGCUGUCCAGGCCCAAUGCGGAGGUCAAAUGGUUUAAGGACGGAUCACAGUUACGUCCAAGCAAAAAAAUCACUAUUAUUUCCCAAGGUAGAAAAAGAAGUCUUACAAUUCACAAGUGUGAGUAUGACGAUAAAGGAACAUAUAUCUGUGAUGCUAUAGAUGACAAGAGUUCGUCAAACCUGACUGUACAUGCUCGAGACAUCCAAAUCAUUAAGCCACUAGUAGAUGUUGAAGUGGUGGAAAAAGAGAGUGCGUCUUUCCUCUGCCAAAUUUCUCAUGAUGAAGUCCAAACACAGUGGUAUAAAAACGAUGUCAAACUGAAAGCUGGAGAAAACUUAAAACUGCGCCAAGAAGGAAGGACAUAUGUAUUGCUGUUUAAAACUGUCCAGUCUGAAGAUUCCGGUGAAAUUAAAUUUGUGGCGGAAACAGCUGAAUCUUGUGCAAAUUUGCGCAUUAAAGAACUUCCAGUCAAAAUAGUAAAGCCCCUCCGGGAUAAAAUUGUGAUAGAAAAACAUAGAGCUUUCUUGGAAUGCCAAGUAUCACGAGCAAAUGCAGAAGUUACUUGGUAUAAAAAGAAUAAGGAGAUUGUCCCAAGUAGCAAAUAUGAGAUUGUGAGUCAAGGGGUCUAUAGAAAACUCAUAAUCAAUGACGCAGAACCUGAAGAUGAAGACACUUACACCUGUGAUGCAUAUGAUGAUAAGACGUCUGCCAAGCUACUUGUUGAAGAACAAUCUAUCAAUAUUGUAAAAGAGCUAAAAGAUGUUGAGGUGACACAGCCAGCAACAGCUACAUUUGAAUGUGAAACAUCAAUCAUAUCUGUGAAGCCACCAAAAUGGAUUCUUGGUGGAGAUGUUCUUCGUGACGGAAAAUACAUAAAGAUUGAGCAAGAAGGAACCAUUCAUCGUCUAACAGUAUGGAAAACUUCUCCUGAGAUGACAGGAGCCAUCCAGUUUCACAUUGGCAAAUCAAAGUCCUCAGCCAAUCUUGUUGUUAAAGACAUCCCAGUUCAGGUUACACAACAACUUGAAGACAAGACAGCUAAUGAGCGCCAGACUGUGAUACUCUCCUGUGAAUUUAAACCUCCUCCCAAAAUUGUGCAGUGGUACAAAGGCCAAACGCUCAUUGAAUCAUCAGAAAGAUACAAACUGAAGCAGGAACGCAAUAUGGCUGAACUCAGAAUUAUAAAGGUUAAUCCUAAUGAUUCUGGCACCUACAUAUGCAAAGCUGGAAAUGCAGAGACCUCUGGUACACUCACUGUGCAAGCUCGUGAUGUGAAAGUUUUGAAACCCUUGGCCGAUGUAGAAGUUGAGGAAGAAAGCUGUGCUGUAUUUUCUUGUGAACUGUCCCAUGAGGAUGAGGAGGUUGAGUGGUUCCUCAAUGACACUCUACUUUACACCAACAAUUUUAAUGACAUUACGAAGAUUGCAGGGAAUCACAGGCUAACUCUAAAACAGGUUGCAUCUGAAGAUUCGGGGACAGUUACUCUAAAAACUCAAAAACUGUCACUUAGUGCAAAACUGAAAGUUAAAGAAAAGCCAGCUGUGUUCAUGAAGUCUCUAGACGAUGUUGUUGGUGAGGAGAGAGGAAUGAUCACAUUGGAAUGUGAAGUCUCCAAACCUAAAGUGAAACCUAUUUGGAAGAAAGGUGACAUUGUUCUACCAAAUGGUGACAAGUAUCAGCAGAUGCAAGCUGGGAAAACAGUGUGUUUGAUCAUCCAUGAUCUAAACAAAUCUGAUGCUGGGCUGUACAUCUGUGACAUUGGGACAGAUACUGCAAAGUCCAAAGUCAGUGUUCAGGAGCUCAACAUUGGAAUCACUAAACGUUUAAAGGCCACAGAGGCCAAGGAAGGAGAAAGCUGUGCUUUUGAGUGCAUCCUUUCUCAUGAGAGCAUUGACGAAUGCUGUUGGACAGUGAAUGGACAAAAAGUGGAGGAAGACAAACGAUUUGAGGUUUUCAACAAGGGCCGAAAAUAUUUGCUGAAUAUUAAAGAAGUGAAGGACAGUGAUGCUGGUGAAGUGAUAUUUACAGCUCGCAACCUAAGUUCCAAAGCUUCUCUAUUUGUUAAAGGAAAGCCAGCAGAAAUAGCAAAACCAUUGGAAGAUAAAACGGGAUCAGCGGGAGAAGAUAUUGUCUUGACUUGUGAAUUAUCUAAAGAAGAUACAGAUGUCAAGUGGUCCAAGGAUGGCAAAGCACUGAAAAAAAGCCAAAAAUACCACCUAUUGCAGGAAGGUACAAACGCCAGGCUAAUUAUCCAUGAAGUCACACUGAAGGACUCUGGAGAAUACACCUGUGAAACUAGCAUCUCCACGUCCAAAGCAACUGUUUAUAUUAUAGAAAAACCUAAUAGAUUCACCAAGGAAAUAAGUGACAUUAAAGAGGAAGAAGGAGAAAGUGCUAUAUUCAUCUGUGAAACAGAAAAAAACGCACAAACUGUAACAUGGAGGAAAGGAAUAAUUGACCUCAAGCCGUCUAAGAAGUAUGAGCUGAUUCAGAAAGACAACACAUUAAGCUUGACGGUGAAUGAUCUAGAGAAAAGUGACAGUGAUACAUAUAUAUGUGACAUUGGGGAUGCUCAGACAAAAGCUUCUCUUGCUGUUAAAGGACAAAAAAUUCUAAUAGUUGAAGACCUUGAAGAUAUUGAAGUCCAUGAAGGUGAAUGUGCAGUGUUUAAAUGUAGAAUUUCUCCAGCACAUUACAAAAAUGUACAAUGGUUUUUGGAUAAAACCCCUCUCCAUACCAAUGACGUAAAUGAAACAGAGUCUCUCCCAAAAGGAUAUCACAAAUUAACUCUGAAACAACUUUCUAUCAAGGACUCUGGCAUAGUCACUUUUGAAGCUGGUGAUCAGAAAACAUCUGUGAAUUUGGUAGUGAAAGAGAAACCUUCCAUUUUUACAAAGAUGCUCACCAAUGCUGAAGUAACAGAAGGAGAAAAUGUGAAUCUUCACUGCGAAACCUCUAAUUGUAAUGAACCUGUAAAAUGGUACAAAGAUGGGAAAAUGAUCAGAAACACAUCCAAGUAUCAGAUAAUUAGAAAUGGGUGUGAGGCCUCCCUUAUCAUUUGUGAUGCAAUGAAGAAAGAUGGUGGAAAUUAUUUGUGUGAAUUUGGGACCAAUAGAACUAGUGCGAUUGUUGCAGUUAAGGCCUUGCAAGCUUAUUUUAGACGUGAACUCCAAGAUACAGAAUCUGUUGAAGGUGAAACCGCAACAAUCUCAUGUGAAGUUUCCAACACUAAAGCUCACGUGGAAUGGAAAAAAGAUGGAAAGACCCUCAAAGCUGGAGAUAAAUAUGAAGUGCGAAUGAAAGAGCAGAUUGUGGAGUUAGUGAUUCGUCAUUUGGUGAAGGAGGAUGCCGGGACUUACGUCUGUGAAACAGGAGAACAAAAAACUUCUUCAACUCUAACAGUAAAAGCUUUACCAGUUUUAUUUAAGAGGGGUCUUAGAAAUGAGAAAGCCAAGGAAGGAAGCACUGUGAAGCUACACUGCGAGCUAAGCAAGGCUGAUGCUAUUGUUAUAUGGAGAAAGGGAGAACAGGAGCUGAAAACCAACGAGAAGAUCACCAUUAAACAACAAGGCUCAGUGGUUGAGCUAUUAAUUCUGAAUGCAAGGCCUGAAGAUUCUGGCGAUUAUACUUGUGACACUGGCGAUCAAAAGAGCACAGCCCAAGUAGUUGUAACUGCCCUCCCAGUGCGCUUUAAACAGGACCUAAAAGAUGCAGACGCUGAAGAAGGUACCACUGUGACAUUUUCAUGUGAGAUCACCAAGCCUGAUGCACCAGUGGUUUGGAAAAAAGGAAUUACAGUUCUUCAAGCAAGUGACAAAUAUGAAUUCCGACAGCAAGGAACAACGGUAGAACUUGUCAUUAAUAAUGCUGGUGCAGAGGAUUCUGGGAGUUACACGUGUGAUACUGGAGAUCAACAAACAGCUGCUCGUCUCAAAGUCCAUGAAUUGCCAGCGCUGUUCAAAGAAGAACUUAUACAUCAAGAAGUUCAAGAAGGAGGUUCUGCUAGUUUGUGUUGUGGACUCACCAAAUCUGGAGCCACGGUGGAGUGGAAGAAAGAAAACAAGACAAUAAGACAAAGCAAAAAGUACAAGAUAAAACAAGAAGGAACCAUUUCUGAGCUGGUAAUACGGGACCUAGUCUUGGAAGAUUCUGGCGAAUAUUCCUGCGUGUGUGGAGACCAGCAGACUAAAGCGAACAUUACAGUUACCGCUUUGCCUCCACGUUUCAAAGAAGAGCUUAAGAAUGAAAGGGCACCAGAAGGUCAACAUUCAACUCUCCGUUGUGAGCUGACUAAACCAGGAGCAAUUGUGGAAUGGAAGAAAGGGCACGAAACUCUAAAACCCAGCAGCAAAUAUUCCAUAAGACAAGAAGGUCUAUUUGCUGAGCUGGUAAUUAGAGAUUUAAACGAGAAUGAUACCGGUGAAUACACCUGUGUAUGCGGCGAUCAACAGACCACGGCCACUUUGGCUGUUAACGCUUUACCUGUACUUUUCAAAGACAAGCUGAAAAGUAUAGACGCGUCAGAAUCAGAAACAGCAACUCUUCAUUGUGAACUGUCCAAACCAGCGAAAGCGGUAGAGUGGAAGAAAGGACACCGGACAUUAAAGCAAGGUGACAGGUACUCAAUGAAACUUGAAGGAUCAGUUGCAGAGCUUACUAUCCAAGAUCUUAAUCUGAAGGACAGUGGAGAUUACACAUGUGUUUGUGGUGACCAGGAGACCACCGCAAGUCUAACAGUCAAAGCUAUACCAGCACUUUUUGUAGAGGACCUGAGAAAUACGGAAUCUUUGGAGGGGGGAGAGGUAACGCUACGGUGUGAGCUGAACAAGCCUGCCCCUCAUGUAGAGUGGAAGCAGGGACAAAAAGUGCUAAAGCCAAGUCACAAAUAUGACAUUAGACAGGACGGGGUCAAGGCAGAGCUGCUAAUACGCAAUUUAGAAUUAAAAGAUACUGGAGAAUACUCUUGCGUGUGCGGAGAUCAACAGACCAUGGCUGUCGUAAUAGUGAAUGCGCUACCACCUUAUUUCAUACAUGAGCUUAAGGAUGAGUCCAUAACGGAGGGAGACAAACUCAUCCUACACUGUGAGCUAAGCAAACCUGUUGCCACAGUGGAUUGGAAAAAGCAUAAUACUUUGCUUAAAGCUUCAGAAAACUGCAUAAUGAGGCAGGAAGGUCAAAUAGCUGAGUUGGUCAUUCCCAAUGUAACUGAAGACGAUGCUGGGAAAUACGUCUGUGUCUGUGGAGAGCACGAGACUUCAUCAAUGCUUAGUGUUAUAGCUUUACCACCACAAUUUCAAGAAGUACUGCAAAACAAGGAGGCUAUUGAAGGGAAGUCAGCAACUUUACACUGUGAGCUGACAAAACCCAAUGCGUCUCUAGAGUGGAGGAAAGGACAAAGGGCGCUAAAGCCAAGCGACAAAUACGUAAUCAUCCAGAAGGCUUGUGAGUCAGAGCUGGUUAUCAAUAACUUAGAUCUGCAGGAUUCGGGGACAUACACGUGUGUGUGCGGAGAUCAUCAGACAACCGCUUCACUGACUGUGAAUGCUUUGCCCCCACAUUUUAAAGAAGAAUUAAUUAGCAAGGAGGCUUUGGAAGGAGAAUCUGUUACUUUGCGUUGUGAACUGACAAAGCCUAAUGCUUCUGUUGAGUGGAAAAAAGGACAUCAAAAUCUUAAACCGAGUGACAAAUACAGGAUAACUCAGGAUCUCCUUAUUGCUCGGAUGGUUAUCAAUAAUUUAAAUCUACAAGACGCAGGGGAGUACAGUUGUGUAUGUGGAGAUCAUCAAACGACGGCCUCCAUUAAAGUGAACGCUCUCCCUGUGGUUUUUAUUGAAGAACUGAGAAGUGAAGUAACUUCAGAGGGACAAGCGGUUACUUUGCACUGUGAGCUGAGUAAGGGAAAUGCUUCAGUGUCAUGGAAAAAGGGUAACCGCGUUCUCAAAGCCAGUGACAAAUAUCUUAUGUUAAAAGAGGACGGAGUAGUUGAGCUGAAAAUUCAAAACCUUGAACUGAAUGACGCUGGGAGCUACACUUGUGUGUGUGGAGACCAGCAAACUACUGCGUCCUUACAAGUACAGGAGUUACCUGCACUUUUUAAAGAAGAACUAAAAAAUAAAGAAGGAACAGAAGGCGAAAGUACCACUUUGUCAUGUAAACUGACAAAGCCCAAAGCCCGAGUGGAGUGGAAGAAGGGUCAUCAAACAAUUAAAGCUAGUGAAAAAUAUAAAAUAAGGCAAGAUGGUGUUACCACCGAGCUAACCAUCAACAAUCUAGAUUUGCAGGAUUCUGGAAAUUACACAUGCGUGUGUGGAGAAGAGGCAACUACCGCAACCUUGACUGUGAUUGAAUUACCUGCUCGCUUUAGUACUGAAUUAAGAAGCGUUGAGGUUACAGAAGGAGGAACAGCCACUUUGCAGUGUGAAGUGACUAAGCCUUCUGCAUCUGUUCAGUGGAAGAAAGGAAAUACAACUCUCAGGUCAAGUGAGAAAUAUGACAUGAGGCAAAGCAAGUCUUCUGUUGAGCUGUUAAUACUUGAUAUAGAUCUAGCUGAUGCGGGAGAAUAUACCUGUGUCUGUGGUGAUUACAAGACAUCUACAUCAGUAACUGUGAAUGAACUACCUAUUGUGUUCAAAGAAGAAUUGGGAAACAUUGAAGUUAUUGAAGGUAAGGCUGCUACACUGCAUUGUGCACUGAGCAAAUCCAAUGUUGCUGUGGAUUGGAAGAAAGGAACAAAACUACUGAAGCACAGCUCCAAGUACACCUUGAGACAGGACGACCAUGUGGCUGAUCUCGUCAUACACAAUGUUGAGCUAAAUGAUGCAGGAGAGUAUACUUGUUCAUGUGGUAACACGAAGACUACUGCCUUGGUGACAGUUAAUGCUCUCCCAGCACGAUUUAAAGAAGAACUAAAGAGUGUUGAAAUCACAGAGGCAGAAACCAUCACACUUCAGUGCGAGCUCAGCAAACCAGAUGUGAUUCUCAAAUGGCUGAAAGGAACAGAUGAAAUUAAAUCUGGGGACAAGUUCAAAAUAAGACAAAGGGGCACAAUAGCUGAAUUAGUAAUCAGUGAUCUUAGCAUAGCAGAUAGUGGUGACUACACUUGUGUGUGUGGAGAAGAGAAGACAAUAGCCAACCUCACUGUGAAAGCAUUGCCCGUUAUGUUUACACGACCACUCCAGAACAGUGAAGCUCAGGAAGAUGAUACCGUAACAUUGCAAUGUGAAGUGUCCAAGCCUGAUGCACCAGUUGAGUGGCGAAAAGGAGGCUUAGGUCUACAGGCUGGUAGCAAGUAUGAAAUGAAACAGCGGAAAAAUAUUGCAGAGUUGUUAAUUCACAACCUGAAGCUUGAGGACACUGGAGAAUAUAGCUGUGAUUCUGGGGACCAGGAAACCAAAGCAUACCUAACAGUGAAAGCUGUUCCAGUGCACUUUAGCAAGCCAUUAAAGAACACAACAGCAGAGGAAGGCGUUACAGUUACACUUCGUUGUGAGACCACAAAGCCUAAUGUACCAGUGGAAUGGAGAAAGGGUACAGUAAUGCUCUUCCCUUGCGCCAAAUACGAGAUGAAGCAAGAUGGAGUUGUGGCUGAACUAGUGAUUUAUGAUGCUGAGGCUGAAGAUGCAGCUGACUAUACCUGUGAUACAGGAGACCAGCAAACUACUGCAAACAUUCAAGUAAAUGUACUCCAGUUCUCACAGACAUUGCAGAAUGUUGAGGCGGAGGAAGGUGGAAAGGCGCGACUACAUUGUGAGUUGUCAGCUAAGGCCGCUUCUGUGGAGUGGCGUAAAGGGCAGGAGAAGCUACAGCCAAGUGCCAAGUAUGAAAUGAAGCAAGAAGGUACUGCCCGAGAGCUAAUUAUUCAUAAUCUGCACCUGGAAGAUGUAGGAGAGUAUUUCUGUGUUGCCAGGAAUAAGAAAACUUCAGCAAUCCUGAAUGUUAAAGAACUAGACGUCACUAUUGCACAAGGCCUUACAGAUUUAUCGGUUUUCGCAUCCGAGAAUGCCGUAUUCAAGUGUGAGGUUUCCCACGCAGAUGCUAAGGACGUGGAAUGGAAGUUGCAGGGGAUCACACUGGAGAAUAACGAGAUGAAUAACAUUUCUGUGGAGAAAGGCAACAUCCACAUCUUGAAGCUGAGUAAAGUAACACCAGAUGAUUCUGGGACUGUCACAUUCCGGGUCGGACCAUAUACUUCAACAGCAGAGCUUACAGUUAAAGCCCCACUUCCAGUAUUUACUAAAGAACUCAAGAACAUAGAAGUGGAAGAAGAUGCCACAGUAAUCCUGCAGUGUGAGCUUUCAGCCCCCUGUGCCCCCCCAGUGUGGAGAAAAGGCAGAGAACAGAUCUCUUCUGGCGCAAAGUUUGAAAUUCGUGAUCUUGGAACUGUCCAAACUUUGCAGAUACAUAACCUGAAACCUGAAGAUUCAGGUGACUAUAGCUGUGACAUUGGACACCAGCAGACAAAGGCCAAUGUAAAAGUUACAGCUAUACCUGUACUUUUUGACCAAGAAAUUGAAAGCCAAAGGAGCGAGGAGUCUUCUACUAUAAUUAUUCGAGCCCAGCUCUCAAAGCUUAAUGCACCUGUAAAGUGGAGAAAGGGUAAUGUCCAACUUCAGGCUAGCGACAAGUAUGAAAUGCGCCAGAAAGGAAAAACAGUGGAAUUAGUUAUAAACAAUGCUCAGGUGGAAGAUUCUGGAGAUUAUAGCUGUGAUACUGGAGACCAGAAGUCCACAGCCUCUGUGCUUGUGACAGCACUUCCGGUUGAGUUUACACAACUCCUACAGAAUGAACAAGCAGAUGAAAAUGGAUCAAUUACACUCCAUGCUGAGAUAUCUAAACUCAAUGCUCCCGUUCAGUGGAAGAAGGGGGGUGUUGUACUCAAGCCUGGGCCUAAAUAUGGGAUGAAGCAAGAUGGUUAUCUGGUGGAACUCCAUAUACACAAACUGCAGAAAUCUGAUGCAGGAGAAUACACCUGUGAUACUGGAGACCAAUUCUCAACAGCCACUGUGUUUGUUAAAGAACCAGAACCAUUCAUAGUUGACCAGUUACAGGAAGUUACUGUUGAUGAAGGAGAAGAUGCUAUCUUCAAGUGUAAAGUGUCUAAGGAGAAUGCCCCAGAUGUACAGUGGUACCUAGCUGGUGUUCCACUACAAUCCAAUGAAAUGAAUGAGAUUGGUGUACACCGGGGAAAGAUUCACACUCUGACUUUAAAAAAGGUGUCCCUGGAAGACAUGGGCCUUGUAAGUUUCAGAGUUGGACAGAACACUACGGCAGCAGAGCUCCAUGUAAAAGCGGUUGCCUUGACAUUUACCAAAAAACUGCACGCGACGCCUGUGGAAGAACAAGGAGUAGCCAUAUUGCAAUGUGAGCUUUCUAAACCCAAUGUCCCAGUGGAGUGGAGAAGAGGAUCUGCACAAAUCAAACAAGAAGGACGGUAUGAGGUUAGCGUGGAAGGAGCCGUUCACACGUUACACAUUAAGGCCGUCAGGUUGGAGGAUGCUGGAGAGUACAGCUGUAGUGCAAACACGGAGAAAACAUCAGCCAGUCUAGAUGUUAAAGCUCUUCCUGUGAUUUUUAAACAAGAGCUCCAAAAUAUUGAGCCAGAAGAGGGAGGAACAGCAAUUCUACGGUGUGAGUUGUCUAACCCAGAUGCUCCAGUUGAAUGGAGGAAGGGAGCUUUGGUCCUGCAGCCCAGUGAUAAGUAUGAAAUGAGACAAAGUGCUACAGUUGUUGAGCUUCUAAUCAGUAAUUUGGAUAUGGAAGAUUGUGGCCCUUAUACCUGUAGCACAGGAACCAAAGAGACGACUGGCUCCGUGUAUGUUCAAGAGAGUAACGUAGAGAUAGUGGCAGGUUUAAGGAACACGGACGUCUUUGCGGGAGAGACUGCCACGUUCACCUGCAAGCUUUCCAGAGAGGGCGUACGGAAUGUGGAGUGGUGGCUGGAUGGUUCUCCUCUGCAAAAUAGCGAUGUGAAUGAGAUAUGUGUGCACGGCAAUGUUCAUACGUUAACAUUAAAAAACCUUGGGACCAAUGACUCUGGCGUGGUCACCUUCAAAACAGGGUCCCUCGUUUCUUCAGCUAAACUGUUAAUUAAAGAUCCAACCAUUGAGGUGGUCAGUCCAAUGAGGGAUCUUACCAUUGAUGAAGAUGACACAGCAGAGUUCAUCUGUCAAUACUCUAGGCCAGUGCAAGCCACGUGGAAGAAAAAGGAUGUAGACGUGUGCGCUGAUGGGGAGCGGAUCAUUAUCGAACAAGAUUGGAAUGUAGCCAAGCUGAUAAUAAAAUCUACAAUUCCAGAAGACAGUGGCAUCUAUGUGUGUGAAGCCGCAGGCACUAGAGUUAUCGCUAUGCUUGAAGUUGAAGCUAAGAACAAAAUACUGCAAGGGCUGGAAAACGUAGACGCAUUGGAGGGAGGUGAAGCACUGUUUGAAUGUUAUUUGGCUAAACCUGAGUGUUACAACUAUAAUUGGCUGGUUGAUGAUGAACCAGCAAGAACAUCUGAUAACACAGAGAUGGUUUACUUUGAGAAUGGAUGUAGGCAUCUUCUAUUGUUGAAAAACCUCCGAGCUGAAGACAGCUGCCGAGUGACUUUCAUGGCUGGUGAUGCGGUUACGUCUGCCUUCCUGAAUGUCAAAGGAUGGCGUCUGGAGAUUCUGAAGCCUCCAGUAGAUGCGGAAGUCAUAACUGGCGACCAAGCAACAUUCACAUGUGUUUUAAGUGAAGCUAUACCUGUAAAUGAGGUCGCUUGGUACUUUAAUGGAUUAGAUAUUCAGCCUAAUGAAAACUGGGCAAUGCAGGUAGAUGGAAACCAGUACAGGUUAAUUCUUAAAGAAGCACAAGCACAUCAUACUGGAGAAGUGGCAUUUGCUUCAAGAGAUGUAGUGGUAUCAGCCAAAUUAUCCGUCAUUGCGCUCCCUGAUCCACCAGAAGACCCAGAGGUUGUUAGUAAGAGCAGCCACUCUUUGGCGUUGUCUUGGUUUACACCACUGAGUGAUGGUGGCUCUGCCAUCAUAGGAUACAAAGUUGAAAUGAAAGCUCCUGGUAGUGACUGGCAGCAAUGCAACAUGGAAGUAAUUCAGAACAUGGAGUAUGUGGUGGAUAACCUGGUACCAGGCGUGCCCUACAGAUUCCGUAUUUCUUCCAUAAACAAACUUGGAAUUGGGGAACCCGUUCAUUUACCACAGACGGUACAGCUAGAGCAACCAGUGACUAUAAAACAUGCCCUAGAGAAUAAAAGUGUAAGAGGAGGAGAAAGUGUCAAACUUGAGUGCGAGUUCUCCAAAGAAACCAGGGAUGUCAAGUGGAAGAAAGGAGAUGAAACGUUGCUGCAUGGAAAGAAAUAUGAGUUCAUUUCUAAAGGGAAAAAGCAGAUGCUCAUUAUACAAAAAUUUUCUGCUGAAGAUCAGGGCACAUACACGUGUGUGACAUCAUCUGAUGACACGUCUUCUGCUGAAGUGUCAUUGGGUAAACAAAUAAUUUCUGAACUUGUGACUACACAAGAAAUUCUUACUGUUGCUCAAGAAGGUCCUGAAGUUCGAGUAGAAGAUGAAGAUGGUCCUCAGCCUAGUCUGCCACCAGAGGCUGCUCAGGAAGGUGAUCUUCAUUUGCUAUGGGAAGCCUUAGCUAAAAAAAGGAGAAUGAGUAGAGAACCUACAUUGGAUUCUAUCACUGAGGUCCCAGAAGAAGAUCAAAAGAUGAGACGGAAAAGAGAAGCCGAAAGACGAACAGACUUUUCAGGGUACACUUCUGAGGAUAUAGCUAGAAGUGAAGCUGAUUUCUCUGUUACAAGCUCAGAUGAUGAGUCUCGUGCAGGUACGCCAUCACUGGUGUCAUAUCUUAAAAAAGCUGGACAUUCCACUUUCACAUUAGGUAAUAAGGUUCAAACUGUGUCUACCAAUAAAUUUUGGAAACACUUUGAGACUAACACUGAAGAGGUUAAGGAACCUGCUCCCCAAAAAACACUUGAAGAACCAGAAAUACUUCUUGAUGAUGAUCCUGCAAUGGAUAAAGCAGCUGUGAAAAUUCAGGCAGCCUUUAAAGGAUACAAAGCCAGAAAGGUAAUCAAGCAGCAAGAAUGUCCUCUGUUUGGCGAGACAUUUAAAGAUGCUAAUGUUGAACCAGGAGGAACAGUUCAUUUAGAAUGUGUUGCCUUCAGCAAAACUGACAUUACAGCUCGCUGGCUUAAAGAUGAUAAAGAACUUUCUGAUGGUCGCCAUUAUCAUAUAGACAAUUACAGUGAUGGGACAUGUUCCUUAAUUAUCACUGGUGUAGAACUGGAGGACACAGGGAAAUAUACAUGUGAGGUCUCUAACAAAUUUGGUGCUGUAGUUCACAGUGCUCAGCUGGUGGUUGGUAGUGAAACUCCUGACGUUACUCAGAAGCCUAAACCAUCUCCAGCUAAGCCUAAACCAGCGAUAGACAGUGAAACUGAGAGUUCUUCAGGAAGUGAACUAGACGAUGCUUUCCGGAAGGCAGGCCGAAGACUUCACAAAAUCUUUAAAUCAAAGGCAUCCCAUGAAAUAUCUGAUGUGGAGGAAGAACUUUUUGUCAGUGCAGAUGAGGGGGACAUUACAGAAAUAGAUCAUCAAACAUAUCGGGAAGAUGAUAAAUACAUCUAUAUCAAAUUUGAAGUAAUGUCAGAAGCCACUAUAGCUUCUAAAAGGUUCAAAGAAAUGUUUUCUGCCAUGGGUAUUCCAGUUAAAAUAGACAUUUUGGACCAAGGUGUGAAGAAGGUUGAAUUACGAAUAAUGAAAGUAGAAAGAGGAACAACAGAACAACAACGUCUAGAGGCAAAACAGAAAAUGACAUUAUUAACAUCAGACACUGCACCUAUCUUUAUUACCGAGCUUCAGAACCAAGAAGUGCAAGAUGGCUACCCUGUUAGUUUUGAUUGUGUUGUUAUUGGAAAACCAAUGCCAACAGUUCGCUGGUUUAAAGACGGGAAGGUUAUUGAAGAAGAUGAUCACUAUAUGAUCAAUGAGGAUGAAGAAGGGUGUCACCAGCUCAUCAUCACUGCCGUGGUUCCCCCAGAUAUAGGAGUCUAUAGAUGUCUGGCAGAAAAUAGAAUGGGGGUCUCAUCAACCAAAGCUGAACUAAGAGUAGACUUGACCAGUACAGAUUAUGACACUGCAGAAGCAACCGAUACUUCAUCUUAUUUCAGCGCACAAGGAUACAUUUCCCGAGAGCAGGAAAGUUUAGAGUCAUCAACUGAACAAGACCAACUGCCUCAGGUCCUGGAGGAGCUCAGGGACAUUCUAGUAGCACCGGGGACACCACUCGCCAAAUUUGCGAUUAAAGUGAAAGGAUAUCCACGUCCUCGUGUAUAUUGGUUCAGGGAUGGCCAACCUAUACAUGCGUCAGACAAAAUACUGAUGACAGAUAAAAAGAAACUACAUUCGCUGGAAAUCCUAAAUGUUACAAAAGAAGAUGCUGGUGAAUAUUCUACAUAUAUCAGUAAUUCUUCUGGUUCAGCAUAUUCUUCUGCCAGACUGGUCGUCAAAGGACCAGGUGAGCUGCAAAAGGAGAAACCAUUGGAAGAUUUAGGGGAUGGUGUGAAACCAGUCCCACCUAUGUUCCUGGAGAGAUUCACAAAUAAAAGAGUUCAGAAGGGUGCUAGCAUUACUUUAUCAGUAAAAGUUGAUGGAAUUCCUCCUCCAACAAUCACUUGGUUGAAAGAAGAGUCUCCGGAAGAUGUUCUUUGGAUCAAACCAGAGACGCCUGGAUACAAACUUGCAAGCUCCAACAUGCAUCACAGUCUGAUUUUAAUUGAUGUUGGUCCCGAGUUGUCCGGUACUUACACCUGCAUUGCAACAAACAAGAUUGGCCAAUCUAUUUGCACAGCAUCAGUGGAAGUAGUUGAAGCCAAAGAAGCUGAGGUCUUCGCUGAAGCUGAUAAAAUUGUGAAAGAGGUUUUACACAGAGCAGCUCUCCAAGGGUUUGAGGAAGGUCGGGAGUCAGAACUUAGCAUCUCUGUGAAGUCUCCUGAAGUUGAUGGUGAGGCUGGGCAGAUAUCUAAACCUCAAAUUUCAAUGACUGAUGUUGGCACAGAGGAAUUCUUCCAGAAGCUGACAUCCCGCAUAACAGAAAUGGUAUCUGCCAAAAUUACACAAGCUACACUUCGUGUUCCUGGGAUGCCAGGAAUGGAUAGUGAUGAUGAAUCAAAGACCCCUUCCGCAUCUCCACGUCAUGGCAGGUCCAGGCCUUCAUCAAUUGCUGUUGAGUCUUCUUCAGAAUCAGAGGAUGGAGAUUCCCGAGGAGAGAUAUUUGACAUCUUCAUGGUAACAGCUGAUUAUAAUCCUAUCACAUCUGAUACUGAAACAAUUACUUUGAAAGAGGGUCAGUAUGUGGAAGUGCUGGACUCUGCUCACCCACUCAAGUGGCUUGUCCGGACAAAGCCUACUAAAUUCAGUGCGUCCAGGCAAGGAUGGGUGUCUCCGGCCUACCUGGAUAAACGCUUGAAGUUGUCAACAGAGUUUGGAGUAGGAGAAAACCCUGACUUUCCUGGGGAGAUUGUCUCAGAAGAAGAAUAUAAGAAGAAACUCAGCAUCCUUAUCCAGGAUUUACUGGCUUCAGAAAGGGAAUAUGUCAGAGAACUGCAGUUUUUGGAGAACCAUCAUAUACGUCAUACAGAGACAUGUGUUGAUAUCCCUGACAAUGUGUCCAACCAGAAAACCACUAUCUUCAGGAACAUCAGUGAUAUUGGUGGCUUCCACACAAGUACAUUCUUCCCAGGUCUUAAAAAAUGUGACACAGAUGAUGAUGUUGCAAUGUGCUUUAUAAAGAGUGAGGAGGAAUUUAACAAGUAUAUAAUGUUUUUGGUGGGGCGUGUUCAGGCUGAAUCUGUGGUGGUUAGUAAUGCCAUUCAGGAAUUCUACAAGAGAUACUCUGAUGAUACCUUUGGCUUUAUCUGAUCCCUCAAAGCCUCCACCCCCCCUCCACUACAGCACUAUCUCGAAUUACCCAUAAUACGGAUCCAGAGAUAUCAGACCAUUAUCAAGGAACUGAUACGCAACAAAGCAAGAAAUGGAAAGAACUGUGCGCUGCUCGAGCAGGCCUACUCAAUCGUGUCUGCGUUGACUCGUAGAGCAGAGAACUUCCUACAUGUUUCAUUGAUUGAGAGCUAUCCUGGAACACUGGAGGCCCUCGGAGAGCCCAUACGACAGGGUCACUUCAUCGUGUGGGAAGGAGCCCCUGGUGCCCGAAUGGCAUGGAAAGGCCAUAACCGUCACCUAUUCCUCUUUAAGAACUAUCUUCUCAUCUGUAAACCUAAGCGAGACACUAGAACAGAUACCUACAGCUACGUCUUCAAGAACAUGAUGAAGCUGACGAAUAUAGAUGUGAACGAUCAAAUUGAAGGCGAUGAUAGAGCUUUUGAGAUCUGGCAUGAGAGAGAAGAUUCAGUACGCAAGUAUCUGCUACAGGCUCGUACUUUCAUCAUUAAAAAUGCUUGGGUGAAAGAGAUUUGCGGCAUACAACAUCGCUUUAGCCUGCCAUUGUGGAAUCCACCAGAAUUUAUAGAAGUGCUGGCUGAUUGUACCGCUGAGCUGGGAGAAACUGUUAAGCUGGCAUGCCGGGUAACAGGGACCCCGAAACCUGUUGUCACCUGGUAUAAAGAUGGAAAAUCAGUGGAAGUUGAUCCCCAUCACAUUAUUAUUGAAGAUCCUGAUGGUUCCUGCACAUUAAUUUUGGAUAACCUGACUGGUGCUGAUUCAGGGCAAUACAUGUGUUUCGCUUCCAGUGCCGCUGGAAAUGCCAGUACAUUAGGAAAGAUCCUUGUCCAAGUUCCUCCACGGUUUGUAAACAAGCUGCAUAAUGCUUAUUUUGUGGAAGGUGAAGAUACUCAGUUUACAUGCACCAUUGAAGGAGCACCAUAUCCACAGAUUAGGUGGUACAGAGAUGGAAUUCCAUUGACAGAUUCCAGCAAACACCAAACUUUUACUGAGCCCAGAAGUGGAGUUUUAGUGCUUGUGAUAAAAAAAGCCACAAAGGAAGAUAUUGGCCAUUAUGAAUGUGAAUUAGUGAACCGAUUAGGAUCUUCAUGCAGUGGAGCAGAGUUGUCCCCACAGACCUCUGCAGUCCAAGCCCAGGAAAGGAGAGGUGACCAAACCAUCACUAUAGAAGAAAAAGACACAGCACCAUCAGGGUUGGAUAAUUCUAUCAGAGCAUCCCUGGAGCGUGCAGAUCAGGAGAUAAGGAUGGUCCUUGAUAAGCUUGUGGGCUGUGGAGAAACAAACUUGUCUCAAUAUCUCAAGGAAGCUUCCAAAAAUGUGAAAGCUGCAGAUGCUCAGUUUUCAGAGGCUGCACCCUGCUCUGCAGACAUGUUCAGAGAUGCAAACACUCAGACACCAGAAGAUCCAAAACUUGACAUUACAAAGAGACACUUUGAGCAGAAAGGAUCAACAGAAGCAAUUAUUAUCCCUACGGAAUCCCAGAAACAGAAGUCUGACAUCCGCGAGUUCAAUAUUCCUAUAAGGCUGGAGAUGGAUGCAGCGGGUUGGUAUCACAGGAGGUCAGGAGCACCGGAGGUAUGGGAUGUCCAUAGUCAAGUUUAUAUAGAGACCACUGAGACAACCUGCAUCCACCUUGCAGAUGACAAGAUAGCAAGGCCUCCUUAUAUGCAGGUGACAAUAGAGGAUGUCCACACGAACUGCGGUGACAUCGCCAGAUUUGAUGCAGUGAUAGACGGAUCCCCUCCCCUGAAUAUCUCUUGGUACAAGAACAAUACAUUGCUACCAGAGAAUGAAAGAAUUCAAAUAAUGAAGGAAGACAGAAAAUAUUCCUUGAUUUUAUGUAACACGAACCUUGAAGAUGGUGGUGUAUACACCUGUGUCGCCAGGAAUAUGGGAGGGGAGGUUUCCUGUAAAGCAGAGCUUGUUAUGCAAGAGGAUAAAAAAGUACAAGUAACAAAGAAGAUUUAUAAAAGGAGGAAACUCAAAUCAUUUUUCGAGGUUAAAGAAGAAAUAGGAAGGGGUUCUUUCGGCUUUGUGAAGCGUGUUGUGCAUAAAGGAAAUGGAGAGACUUGCGCAGCAAAAUUUAUUCCUCUAAGAAGCCGAACAAGACAGCAGGAGUAUAAAGAGCGAGAUAUCCUAUCUGAGAUAACAAACAACAACGUCACCCUGCUGCUGGAUUCCUUUGAAACAAAGAAAACAUUAGUCCUUAUCUUGGAAAUAUGCUGUGGGGAAGAGCUGAUCGACCGUUUGUUCAGGAAAAACAGCGUCACAGAAAAAGAGGUGAAAUUAUAUAUCAGGCAACUGGUGGAAGCUGUUGAAUUUCUACACGGGAAGAAUAUUCUUCAUUUGGAUAUUAAGCCUUCUAAUAUACUUAUGGUGCAUACAGACAGGGAAGACAUCAAACUCUGUGAUUUUGGAUUUGCCCAAAAGCUAUGCACAUCUGAGUUACAAUAUAGCAAGUAUGGCUCUCCAGAGUUUGUAUCGCCAGAGGUUGCCUCUCAGUCUCCCGUCUCAAAGGCUUCUGAUAUAUGGCCGAUUGGUGUCAUUACAUACUUAUGCUUGACUUGUGCCUCACCUUUUGCUGGUCAAAACGAUAGAGAAACACUGCUCAAUGUACAGCAAGGAAAAAUCAGCUGGCAGAACACAGGAUUUGUUCGCUUAAGCGAAGAAGCAAAGCAUUUCAUAAAAAGUAUAAUCCAGAUAAAUGCGCAAGCUCGGCCCAGUGCAGAGGAAUGUCUUCACCAUAAAUGGCUACUGGAACCUAUCAGUUCACUGGACUCACUUCCUAUCAACACAAGGAGCCUCAGAUUUCUUGUAGCAAGGAGCAGGUGGCAGCGCUCAUUAAUGUGCUACAAAUCCAUUCUGGUGAUGAGAGCAAUCCCAGAUCUUCUGCAUGGAAAGACAGAGAAUACCUCUUUGGGAGUUCCCCGGCACUUGGUUGAAUGUAGCAGUUCGUCUUCCAGCAGUGGUUCUUCUUCAGAUAUUGAGAGCGAUUGUAGUCCUACGGAAAGAGACUGUAACCCUUCAAUGGAAACGCAUCUGUCUAUAUUCAGAAUGUCUGAUACAGACAGACUUCCACAGCUGUAUAAAUCAGAAACAGAAAUAAAUUCUGAGGAUAUUAUAGAAAAACCAGAAAUAGAAAAUGAAAAAAAUAACCUACAGACUAUUGCUCCUUGUGACAAAGCCCAAGUGACCAAAAAGGAUAUAGAGAAUAGUGAGCUUGUAGAGACUAAUGAAAAUAAAAUAAUUCUUGAAGACACAGAGAAAAGCCUAGUUAAUUCAGUGGAAACAUCACCAGGAAAACCACCUUUAUUUAAAGCAGCUACUAUUGAAGUUGGUGACCUAACUACAAAAAAAGCAAAAACUGGAUGCUUGUUAAGGGGUUCCUCUGCAGACAGUGCUUUACCAUUUGAAAAAGGUGUAUGCGUGCCAAGGGGAAGCAUCAUUAACAGCACCUUUUACAGCCAAGUAAGUGAAGGCUGUAGCAUUGCCCCCAGGGAAGGGUCAUUGAAAGAAAAGGAAUUUAUCAAACAUCGGGAAAGAGCACGAAGGACCUUAAUGAAAGCAGGGUACUCUCAAAAAAUAUUAAGUGGCUUGCGAGAACCACUUCUAGAGCAAUUUGCAAUGGAAGACAGAGCAGAGAUAGACCAAGAUGUCCAACCUCACUCUCUGAGAAAGUCUGUUUCCUUAGACACAGCAAAGGGCUCACUGAGGUCAUCUUUUAGAGUCUCCAGCAGAAGUCGUUCCCUUGAUGAUUAUAGAUCAAGAGCUUUGAGUGUUUAUAAGGGGACUCUUAUGGAGGAGGUAGACAAUGACACUUUAACUGAAACAGCACUGGAAAGUAAUAAGCCUGAUGCUAACUUGAAACAUCAGUCUGGAGGGCACUCACUGGUAGAGAAACAUUCAAAACUUUCAGACAGUCCCACAACAAAUGGACAGAGUGAUAAGACACAUGAUUGUAACGUUUGUCCAGCUCCUGCUUUAAUUUCCUCAACACAAAGACCUCUCUCAGCAGGACUUCUUGAUAGUGAAAGCACAAUUAUUGCAGUUCUUCAUCAGCAACCAAUACUUGUUUCCAGAUCCAUUCAAGGUAGUCCAUCUACCACAUCUCUAGGAGAUGAAAGUACAGUAAUAACAUUUGUACAGCAAAAUAGACCACAAGAUGCAAAUGUUUUGUCUGAAGUAUCAUCAGUCAAAUGUGAUACUGAAAGCAAAGAAGGUUUAGAUCAUGCACAAGCAGCUGACAACAUUAAAUGUGAUGGGAAUUCUGCAGAAAUCAGAGGAAAUGUAAAAUUAACUGUUAAAACAACUUCUGAUGCAAAUAUUUUUCUAUCCCCUGACUCUCCAACUGAGAAUGUUAUUAAACCAUUAAAAAGUGAUGAUGACCAAAUAUUUACAGAAACAUUAAAAGAAAAGCCAAUACAUACAGUACAGUUUCAUGACAAUGACUCAAGCAUAGCAAUAAUACAUCAAUCAACUAGCAAUGUUUCAUCUCAAGAAAGGUAUGCUGAUAUAGAACAUUGUGACAACAAAUUGGGGAUUGUGAAGACUCCACAAUCACAAACCGAUUUUAUAUCUAAAACCUCUAGCCCUAUAGUGCCAGUUAGUGAAAAGAGUCCUUCAGAUUCCUUUACCACUGAACCAGCUUCUGUCCCUCUCCCUGUAAUGUCACCAUCAACCACACAAUAUUAUCAUGAAGACCUGCUGAAAACAUCAGACAAACAGGAUAUUGCCACUCUUUCAUCUCAACAUGAAAUUAAAGCAUCAUUUCCAAGAGCUCACUGUGAAUUAACUUCUCAGGAUGUCAAUAGCCAAGGUAUAGCCAAAGAUGUAAGCUCAUCCAUUUAUAGCGAGGAGCAACGUGCUGCUCUUGAUGACCUGUUUGGAGCAAUGGUUCAUCUAUCACUAGAGAUGAAUAUGUUGGCUGGUCAACAAGAGCAGAUAUUGCGGAAAGUUCCUUCUUUUCCACCAGUAUAUAGUCUUUCAAAGCCACCAUCAGAAUUGCAAAAACAAAAAUAUUCAACUGACAAUAAUAGAUCAAAGGAAACAGUAUGCCUGGAAAAACCUCCUAGCUCAUUAUCUCAGGUAAUGAAAGAAUCCAAAGCCACAUCAAUCUCUCAGUGCAGCUUUUAUGAUUCCCUUAGUCAAGCACAAGCCUCACCCGUUCCUCAUGAACACUUUGAAGAUUUCACCAUUGAUAGCCGCAGCUCCAGUAAAACAUUUAUUUCUCAUUCUGACAGCUCUGGGACAGGAAGGAGGUCUGACAAUUUCUCUGACUUUGAAGAAGCUGGAAGACAUUCUGAAGUUUCCCUGGUGGAGAUCAAAGAAUUACUAUUUGACAGCACAUCCAACAGUUUAGAGCAUCUAGCAGUUGGUGCAGAUGAUCUGGAACCGUCAUGUCUACAUUUCUUUGAUUUUUAUGAUUUUAAAGCAUCUUCUCAGGAAACCACAGAGUCUGAGAAUGUAGAAGGCUUUCGUGAAUACACAGAUAUAAAUGUAACUAGGGAAUCAUUGAACAUUGAAGAAGAGCAACAACCUUCCAUUGCAGAAAAGCCAACAUUACACUCACAACACUCCAAUGGUAUAACUCAGGGUUUUGAAAGAACCAUGUUUGAGAAAGUGCUAAAGGCUGUACAUGCAGAAGCUAUUGAUGAAUCUCUUGCAUUGCAGUCACUUGAUAAACAAAAAUCUGGAAGCAAAGGGAGGAAAAGUUCAUCUUCUAAGAAACGCAUCAAACUCUUCAGAUCACAUGGUAAAUCUGAUACUACCGGAAAAUCUUCAGACCAAACUCUCAAACAAAAAGUUAAAGCUUCUGUAGCCAACAUUUCUCGAAUUAUCAAAGGAAAACAGGGAAAUGGACAGGAGAGAAAGGAAGGCUCUGCCAAUGCAAAGACUGAACUUGUUGCCCAAGAAUCCUCUGAAAGACUUUCGGGACUGGCUAAAAAGAAGUCAGGAAUUUCAUCAUUCAAACUGUCUAACCUGUCUGCAAAAGACAAAAGUAUUUCAGCACCAGCUUUUGUAGAAGAGCUGACAGACCAGACUGUUGUGGUGGGUCACUCGGUGACUCUGUCCUGCAGAACCGCUCAACCUGCACUAGCAGUGGAGUGGUUUAAAGAUGGAGUGUCUAUUCAGAGCAGUGACCGAGUACUCAUCUCUUCGACGCUUAAGAACUACCAGCUUCUCACAAUAUUGGUGAUUAAUGCGCAGGAUCUGGGGAUUUACGCCUGUGUGGCUAGCAACGCUCUUGGCAGUGCCUCCACCUGCUGCAUUAUAAAGAAAGCUGAGGUCCCCUGUUGCCCCAGCACCCCUGAAGUUGCCCAGGUGUACAAAGACGGAGCCCUUAUCGUGUGGAAGCCGGUGGAAUGCAGCAAUCCCGUGGCCUUCUGCCUGCAAUACAGGAAAGAAGGUGAGGAAUGGAGGACUCUGGCCGCAGAUAUUGCUGACUGCUGCUAUUCUACCCAUAACCUCUGCGAAGGCCUUGUCUAUACCUUCAGGAUCACGUGUGUCAGUAAAGCCGGCGUAGGACCGUACAGUCAACCAUCUGCUAACAUCAGGAUUGGAAGACCAGGCCCAGCAAACGUAAAUCUGAUUGGACAAACAGAAACGCUUGGGACAGGAGAGAAUUCAGAGAGAGAUCUAUGUACAAAACAAUGGGAGAUCAAAAGGGGUCGUUUCAGUGUUGUGAGACAGUGCCGGGAAAAAUCCAGCGGGAGAGUCCUUGCUGCUAAAAUAAUACCAUACAAAGAGGACAAGAAGGAAUCUACAUUAAUGGAAUUCUUUAUACUGAAGAAACUGCAUCACACCAAUAUAGUGCAGUUACAUGGGGCAUAUCUGAGCCCACAGCAGCUGGUGUUAAUCCUGGAGAUGUGCGAGGGUCAGGAGCUGAUGCAGUGCUUGUCUGCUGGACAGUCGUACUCAGAACUGGAGGUUAGAGAUUACCUCUGGCAGAUUCUCAGUGCUGUAGAAUUCCUCCAUGCCAAACAGAUCUUACACUUGGACCUGAGGUCAGAAAAUACAGUUGUUACAGAGCAUAAACUGCUGAAAAUCUUGGAUUUUGGUAAUGCGCAAUUCUACUCUCCAGACAAGGUCAUCACAACAGACAGGCAUAUGGAUUUCUUGGAAACUAUGGCUCCAGAACUUUUGGAAAGCCAAGGAGCAGUUCCACCAACAGAUAUCUGGGCAGUUGGAAUUACAGCAUUCAUUAUGUUGAGCGCUGAAUAUCCAUUUAGUACCGAUAGCACUACUGAGUUAGAAAAAGCAAUCAAGAAAGGACUGGUAAAGUUUUCGAGAUGCCAUGCUGGUUUAUCUGGAGGAGCAGUUUGUUUCUUGCAGAGCACACUCUGGGCAAAUCCAUGGGGAAGGCCAUCUGCAUCAGAUUGUCUCAAGUUGCCCUGGUUACAGGAAGCCGGCCUAGCCACAUCUAAGCAGCCUGCUGUCAGUUUCCCCAGCGCUAAACUAUGCAGCUUCUUACAGGAGAGACGGAGAGAGCUGCGCACAAAGAAACAAUGCUAUGAACUUGUGUAGCUGAAGACCAGAAGAGGUUACCUCACUAAUGGAGGGACUGAAACACAAAUGUCACUCUAUGCUGUAUCUGACCACAACUGAAAGAGCUUUGUAUAUCUAAAUAUGCCUACUCUUCCAAUCCUUCAGAAUUUGCAUGCACAUUAUAUCAUUUUUUUUCUUUUUUGUGAGGUUUUCAAAUUUAAACCCAUUCUAAUUCAUUUGAAAUGCCCAGGACAACACCUUACCACAAGGUUUUUUAAAUGCAUUUAAAGCGCAAUAAAAUACCCUAUACCAUACAUGGGGGCAAUUCCAAAUGGAUCCAGUCCAUUAGAAAACCCUUUGCCAAAAUGUCUUUCUAGUUCUUUUCUUUUUUAUUUAACCGCUUAAUGAUACUGCUUAAGUUUGCUCAAUUGUUCCAUGAUGGAAUAAUUCCAUUAGUGGUCAUUAAGGGGUUAAACUUUUUAGAUUAUGCACCUUGGAUCUGUUGAAAGCACUUGUUUGCCUGUUGUGAGAUUUCUUUGCUAUUUGCACAGCUUUAUGUGCAUGACAAGUUCAUAUAUUAAUAAACAGCAUUGUUAAAAUACUAAACAAUGUUGCUGAAACUAUAAAACAGCAGUGCAAAAAUGAAAUAUGUUCAUUGUAAAUGAUUGCCAUGAAGUGUUUGGAGGUUAGAUGUGUUAAUUAUAAAGUUGAAGACAAUUAUAUGUCUUGAAUAUGUAAUUAAUUAAGAUUAAUAUAUAAGAGAUAGUUGGCAUGUUUUUUUGACAGUUUAUCUUUUGCUUCUAUAAAAUACUAUGAAAAUCAUUUAAACAUCUUGCUAUACUCCGAUUUAUGUGCACAUAGCUUUUUAUUGCUUUUUUAAAUUAAACAACAUAGCUUAUAAUAAUAUAUAAUAAUUGGAGCUGAGCAAAAUAUCACCCUUGCUGCCAUAUGAUGAAAUAUAUGGGUACCCCAACAUUUUUGCAUGCAAAUUCUGAUGGACUGACAUCCAGGCCAAGGUUUUUUGUUGUCCUAAAUAACAUAAAUAAAAAUUGUUUUUUGAAGUUAUUUUAUCUCAGUUGUAAAGUCACUAAAUUUUAAAUGAUUUUAAUAAUAAUGCAUUUAUAUUUAUUUAAAAUAUUAAAAUUUUAAAAUAUAAAUAAAAAACUGCAGAGACAGUUAUUUAAUUCUGUUGAAAUUGAUGAUUGACAGGUGCCUAAUAUUGUUAGAACAAAACUACAUUAGUGUAAAGGAAAAGCAUUGUGUAAGCGUUAACUAAAAUAGGUUAAAUAUACAUGAAAUCAAUAAACAUUUAUACAGUUGCUUCAGUGAUCCUUCUGUUCUUAAGACACAUACCUAAUAGAGUAUAUAGUCUUUGUCUCUAAGCCAUGUCACAUUAUUAAAUAUAAGCAAUAACAAUCUAAUCUAAAUAUAUUGUUAUAUGAUGUCAUAAACUACAUCUCACUGACUUAAUUUUGUAAACCAUGUAUUUUAUUGAGUGACAUAAACCUUGGUCUAAGUAACGGAAUAUGCUAGAUCUGACAUUUUACCUUUUUUGUCCUAUGAAAAAUGUUGUUUUAUUAGAUUUUCUAAAGAUCUUUAGCAACUGGUUCCUAAUGUUUAACAUAUCCUUGAUUGCAUCCAAAACCUGGUAUCUUAAGUUACUGUCCCAUCGGAUAUAGUGCCGAAGGUAAUAGAGAACCAUCCAACACAAGAUUUCAUAAAUGCUGCUUAUAUCAGAUAUGGUCUGUAAGAUGCAUAAAGGAAUUAGAACAAAUUUCCAAUAACAAGGUCUCAAAAGUAAAUUUUAGUUUCAUUAUAUUUUUUUAAUAAUGUGUAGUAUUAAUUCCACGACAUAAAAUGGAUGUAUAGUCAUCUAUAUAUCUUUAUUGUGACUAUUUUGCAAGAAGCUACCCAAUUAACCCGCAGACCUCUAUAUUUUGAUAUAUUUGUAACCACUCAUGCAGCACAUUAUUUACUGUUUGUUAUACUUAGUGAGACUCUUUAAGAACAUAUUUUGCCUAUGCCAUCUGUAUACAACACUACAGAACUAGUCACUUGACCUCCAACCAUCCAGGAUUAUAAACUAAAAGCCAGAAAUGCUUUCUUUGUUUUAGUCUUUUUUACUAAAACAUUUUUUGCUAGGAAAAAACUCAAGAAAUUGUCUGAUAUUUUCUUUAUUGAAAUUUAGUGACUGCAAUUUAACCCUGUGGUAAUAUAGUGUACUCCCUGCAGCAACAAAAUCUAUUAACGCUCGAACUAUAAGUGACUUGACCGAUGUACAGCUUGUAUAUUUUUUAAAGCAUGUUAGAACUAAGGGAACAUAAUUUUAACUAUCUUAUUCCAAUAAUACUGUACACUUGCAUGUAUUUUGAAGAUUUAUAUCUGAGUUAUCUGUAAGAUUUUGAAAUAUAAAGUAUUUUGACAAAGUGA